GGCGAAGAUGGCCGGCGGGCGGCGUUAUUGACUUUUGUCCGACAGUCUGUGCUCGGUGGUCGGUGUGUGCUCUGGCCCUAUGUCGUCUCCCUUCAGCUGACAGGCAACAACCGUCAUUAGGAGAGCCAGACCAAGGGGCAAAAGAUGCAGAAGGAAAACUGCGGCGUCACCGAACAACACCAGUAUGUCGGCCCGUACAGGCUCGAGAAAACCCUGGGAAAGGGACAAACUGGUCUCGUCAAGCUGGGAGUCCACUGCGUUACCAGCAAAAAAGUCGCCAUCAAAAUAAUCAAUAGGGAAAAACUUAGUGAAUCUGUUUUAAUGAAGGUUGAGAGGGAGAUAGCAAUUAUGAAACUAAUAGACCACCCACAUGUACUCGGUCUUUCGGACGUUUAUGAAAAUAAAAAGUAUUUAUAUUUAGUUUUGGAACACGUGUCAGGUGGCGAAUUGUUCGACUAUUUAGUUAAAAAAGGGAGACUGACGCCAAAAGAAGCCAGAAGAUUUUUUAGACAAAUAAUUUCCGCCUUGGAUUUUUGCCAUAGCCAUUCAAUAUGCCAUCGCGAUCUCAAGCCAGAAAACCUGCUCCUAGAUGAGAAAAACAAUAUCAAGAUAGCCGACUUUGGGAUGGCUUCGCUGCAGCCUGGAGGGAGUAUGCUCGAGACCAGUUGCGGCUCACCGCACUAUGCCUGUCCGGAAGUUAUAAGGGGAGAGAAAUAUGAUGGAAGAAGAGCAGACGUUUGGUCAUGUGGGGUGAUCCUGUAUGCACUGCUUGUCGGUGCGCUUCCCUUUGAUGACGACAAUCUCCGUCAACUUUUAGAAAAAGUCAAAAGAGGUGUGUUCCACAUACCUCAUUUUGUACCUCCUGAUUGUCAGAACCUGUUACGCGGAAUGAUUGAAGUCAACCCGGAAAAAAGGCUCACACUUGCAGAUAUCAACAGGCAUCCCUGGGUGACAGCGGGUGGCAAGGGAGAACUGGAACUCGAGCUGCCAAUGAUGGAAGUCGUCCAGACACACAUUAUACCUUCAGUAGCGGAUAUGGAUACCGAUGUCCUACAAGCCAUUACGAGUUUAGGGUGUUUCAAAGAAAGAGAUAAACUUAUACAGGAGUUGUUAAAUCCAAACCACAACACAGAGAAGGUGAUUUAUUUUUUAUUACUAGAAAGGAAAAGAAGAAGACCUGCACUAGAAGAUGAAGCAGAACAGGUAGUGGCGAGGGUGAGAGCGGAAUCGAGUGACCCACCGAGAAAGAGAAUCGAUACUUGUAUCAAUGGGGCAAAAUCUCUUCAAUAUGCUCAGAUAUCAGAAGGAUCACCUAUCACACCAAGAAGACAACCACUUCAAAAUAGACAUCAAAACAGAAGGGGUAGUAACACUUCCAGCAAUUCUAACUCAUCACUCCAGCCACCGUCACCCACCAGCAUACAGAUUCCACAAAGCAAAAGAUUUGAUUUCAGGGCGAGUUCGAGUAGCACACACCAUGCAAACCACCAGAGCUCGCCGAUACACUCAGCCAGGCCUGUGAGUGUCGCAGCUCCAGCCGCCAUCCAGGUCAUGAACAGUAGCCCCGUCAUCCCGCCCCCAUCCCCGUUGCACCACCGAUCAAGUGCGCCCAAUGAAACAACAGAACCGCCCACCAUUACUAUAGCAGGAACCCAUGUGCUGGUACCACCUGGCUCUCCUCACACCUCUAACCACUGGAGGACAAGACUGACAACCAUUAAAAACAGUUUCCUCGGCUCACCGAGAUUCCACAGGAGAAAACUUCAAGUUAUGUUAAAUAUAGCAUCAACUGAAGAAGUGGGAUUGACUCCUGAGUCGUCGCCAGAACUGACAAAAAAGUCUUGGUUUGGGAGCUUGAUGACAUCCGAAAAAGAUGAGACACUUACAGUUCUUGUGAAAGGGAAACCGUUAGCUUCAGUCAAGGCAGAUCUAAUACACGCAUUUCUUUCUAUAGCGGAACUGAGCCAUUCUGUUUCAAGUCCGAUGUCCUUUAGGGUAGAAUACAGACGAGGAGCAACAGGUGCGGCAAUGUUUCAGAGACAAGUUAGGUUCCAAGUAGACAUUUCUUCGGUCUCCAAGCCGACAUCUCCCAAAGAGUAUCUUUUCGCUGUCACUUUUACAUUGCUAACAGGUAAUAUCCGUAGGUUUAGGAGAGUCUGUGAACAUAUCCAGUCUCAGAUCUGCUCAAGGAGACCUCCCUCAUCACCUCGAGCCAGCAGGAAAUUCACUACAGAGCUUUCUGAAAGUAGCAGCUGUGGGAGUGACACUUCGGAGCGGCUGUCCCCUUAUCCUGGAACAAGAGGCGAAUCUGAUUUAGAGUCCGAGACCUGCCUUUUUGAUAUGAAAAGUGUAACUAGGGAAAAUGGAAAUGGGCGACGGCGGAGCAGCUCAGUCGUUACUAACAAUAACAACAACAACAAUGGAGCUGAGGAAAAGAAUACCACUGAAGUUGUACCUCCAAUUCCUAUCAGGUCAACAAGUGAACGCUCAAGUGUCACUCCUCAAUUACCUUGAGAAAUGGAGGCGUACUUAGAUAUCACCAACAAUUCCCAUGGCCGGAGCUACUGCAACCGAGUCAAGUUUCAAAUUAUUAAUGGGAAGGUUUAAUCAGGUGCGCCGCAAGUAUGGAAAAAAAAGCUUCAUUGAUUUCUUUUAAGAUUUAGUUAUAAAUUCCUCAGUGCCAUAUUUUGUGAGAUAGAAGUUCUAAUUGACAAACACCAUGCCACCCGUGACGUGCUGGGCUCAUCGUGUAAAUUCCAGUUAUCGGAACAAUAAAUAAAUUUGUAAAAAGUAGGUGUAAAUUAAUGCGAACAUAGUUAACUUAUUUAUAUUAAUAGCGGUUUUAGUAAGUGACAGAUUUUUCACUCAGUCCAUUUAGUUGUGAACUUAUCUGUUAAAAAUGCUGUUAUGAAUAAUUGUAAAGAAAAAUAGCAUCUCAGGUUUAUAAAAUGCAUAGGUGCCACAAUAAUCUGUACAAAGGAUUUUAAAAAAAUUGUCACUUUUUUUAAAUUUUGAUAACUGUUUAUUUUAAGCAGUGAUCAAAAACCUAUUACAUGAAAUGCUAUUUAACUAGAGUAAAUCGUCCAAUAAUAAAAAGAAGAGUUAAUUUUUUUGCUUAAACGUCAUUUUGAUACAUUCUAAAUGAUAAUAAAUAGAAAUGUGUGAAGGUAACGAUUAAGUGCCAUCAGAGUUGUACAUUCAAUUUGCAUGACGUGAUAUAUAUAAAAACAAAUGUAAAUAAAUAGAUUUUAAUCAAAAAAUAAGCCUUGUAAUCAUUUGCUAUAAACAGUACUUUCAAAAUAUCUUUGUUAAUGAUAUAUACACCAAAACCAUUAAGCAUAUCGGACGGGUCUGACUGAGAGGUGAAACGGCGAGGGAGAUGAAGAAUUUGUGUGAUAUACAUACUUAUAUCCUGGGAUAAGAAGUGUGAUCAACAUAGGGUACACUCAUUUGAAAAUUUUGCUGUACACAUAAAUAACCAGAAGUUUUCAUAAUUUAUAUUUAUUGUGAUUUCAUUGUAAAUAAUAUAAGUAAUGUAAAAAAAAAAUAAAAAUGAAAUUUGAGGAAAAAAUGUGGAAGCGUAUUCAAUUAGUGCAAUGCCGGUUAAUAAAUAAAAAGCUAAGAGUCAAAAAGCUAGUAUAUGUAUCAAUAUCUAUUUAAUGAAACAAAUAAAAUAACAUUGUCAAUAUGGGCUGGAAAUAAAAUUGGACGCACCAAGACUCAAUUUUAAUGUUUUGCUAAAAUUUAGUUUUCAUAUAAUAUUUAGUUGGUCAUUAUUCAACUAUUGUAAUAUUCACCUAGAUGUGAGAAAAUUAUUUCAUAAAAUACAUGUUCAAUUUGUGUAUGUCUCAGUUAAUUUUAUUGAUCUCUUACGACCACAUGCUGAGAAACGACGGCAAAUAAAUCAAGUCAGGCAAACAGAAAAAUGCACAAAGCAUUUAUUUUAAUGAUCACAUUUAUAAUACAAUUGUGAUCUAACAAACACGAGCAUAGUACCGCCUAUAUUAUGAAUUACAAUAAUACGUCCAAAAUAUUAACCGUUCUUUAUAUUUAUAUAAAAAAAGGAAAAAUGCAGAACAGGGUUUUCAAUUAAUAUUCCAUAACAAAGUAUGUUCUGUGAAUAUUUUCCCCUGCCUUCGAAUUGUUUCAACAGCAUGUGGUGUGAUUUUUGCGUACUGUUUUAAUGUUUAAAUAACAACACAAAUCAAAAGAGUAUUUUGUGGAAAGAAUAUGUUACCAAUUUGAAUUGUUUAAUUCUCAUAUUUUAUAUUAAAUGUUAACAUUUAUUGUAAACUAGUCAGUAUUUUUUAUUAUUUAUGUAAUGGAGUGCAAUAUUAUGUUUUGUUGUAUUUUGUUCUUUGUGUUUCAUUUCAUCGAAGAAACAUAGUUGAUGAAAAUGCAAUAACGAGUAAUAGCUUAGAGUUGUAUAGUAUUUUCUUUAAAAAGUCUAAGAAAGCCUUACCUUCUCUUUCUUUUAUAUUCAAUUUUUGGUAAGCCUUUUAAUACUGAAAGAAGUACUGUGAAAAUAAAUAAAAAAACGCUUCGUGUUGUUAACUAUGGAUUUUGCUUGUUUUUGUAUCGGCCACAUAAUAUUUUAUGGAAGUUGGCAUUAUUAAUAAACGCCUAUCUGAAAUGA